GAAAUUCAAAUACGACGGCGUAGCCUACUAUUUGGUCCUCGUGGUAGAGCUCUUUAGGUUUUCUUCUACUGCUUUGUAUCCAACUGUAUUUACUAGUUCUGAUCGCGAAGCAAGAGCUAGCGAGAAAUUAAUUAAAGAGCAACCAUGACAGACUAUGCGCAGGAACAAGAGAUGGAAAUCGAGGCGUUGGAAGCAAUUCUUAUGGAUGAAUUCAAAGAAAUCCACUCCAGUGAAAGCGGGCUAAACACUUCAAAUCGAUGCUUCCAAAUUACUAUUACUCCUCAGGAGGAUGAUGAAGAAUCUACAUACUCAUCAGUUCGAUUGGCUUUAAUAUUUUCACACACAGAAAAAUAUCCCGAUGAACCUCCACUUUUGAAUGUCUCAAGUUUAAAAGGAAUCCAAUCUGGAGAUCUUAAGAUCUUGAAAGAGAAGCUUGAACAAGAGGCUGUUGAGAAUCUUGGCAUGGCCAUGAUUUACACAUUGGUCACAUCAGCUAAAGACUGGCUAUCUGAAAGAUUUGCUGAAGAAACGGGAGCCGAAGAUGCUGAAGAUGAUGAAGCCAAAAAAGAGGAAGUAAUUGUACCACAUGGAGAACCAGUUACCAUCGAUACAUUCUUGGCAUGGAGGGAAAGAUUUGAAGCUGAACUAGCUUUGGAAAGAGCCAAGUUAAUGCCAGAUUCAGCACUUAAUGCUCCAAAGGAAAAGAAACUGACAGGGAGGCAAUGGUUUGAAAGUGGAAGAGCCAGUGGGAAAGCUGCGGCAGCUAUUGCUGAAGAAUCUGAUGAAGACGAGGAUGAUAUUGAUUUUGAUGAUGAUGAUUUUGAAGAUGAUGAAGAAGAUAUGCUUGAGCACUAUUUGGCCGAGAAAACAGAUUCAUCCUCUCAUUCUUGAAGAAGAGCCAGUUAAAAUAACUUAAGUUUAUACUGAACGCAGAAGUAUUAUUUCGCUCAUUCCUUAAGUGUUGUAAUGAGGUAAUUGCAGGUUAUACCUGUGCCGGUUUUGGCCCUAGAUCAGACAGCAUGAUUACUAAACAUACGUUUACGAAGAGACAAAUAGAGUUUUUUGAUUUAUCAAAAGAUUUUCUUGUGCCGUGCAAUUUAAAUGUUGCUCAUCUGUUUCCUGUUGGUUUAUUAUA